AUGCCGCCAGCCACCUUCGCAACGGCGAAAUCAGUCCUCAAUGACGCCGAUAUUUCCCGCAUCUUAUGCGUUUACUUCCAUACUGCACCAUCUUCUGUCGAUUGGGACAAGGCAGCACAAGAAUUCGGGGCGCCCACUGUUGAAUCCUUUCGACAUGCCAUGCGCAGAAUGAUGAAGAGGAUCGAUGAUGCCAGCCAGACAGAGUUCUCCGCAGACGCCGGCGAAGGUUCCUCGUCACCAGGCUCCAAUGCGUCCAACACUGGCAAGAAACGCACGGAGAGCGAUGACGAGGAGGAAGCUCCAGCACCAAAGGCAAAGCGUGGUCGCAAGGCGGCGAAGAAGGCUGCUCGCAAAUGA